AACAACAACAGCAACACCAUCACCAACAACACCAUCACCAUCAUCUCAAUCACAAUCUUAACAAGAUGACAACGAACGAAUUCGCCAAGGCGGAAAGAGAAAUAAUCCAAGAACAACAACUACAAGAGAAAAUCAUAAAUGAAGAGUUCAAAAUCUGGAAGAAAACCGUACCAUUGCUAUAUGACUUGAUUCACACUUUUGUCUUGCCCAGCCCUUCCACAGUGUUUCAAUGGUUGCCUAGCCACACCACUUCCAAUGAAUCAAUAGUAGUCAAGUUCUUACUUGGUACUAAAGAGGGCAAUGAACAUUAUUUGAAAUUAGGAUCUGUGAAUUUGCCUGCUACUUUGGCUGACCAUAAUGGUAACUUGACAAUUCCAACUUCCGAUGACACUUCCAACUUCAAAAUCUUGUCUAGAUGGAAACAAACUUCCGACAUCAACAAAUUAAAGAUCUCUCCUGAUGGGAAACUCGCCAUUUCUUUCAACAACGGAACAAUCCAUAGCUACAACUUGGACAACAGCGACGUGUUUGACUACAAGUACCAUAAACAUGAAGGAUACGCCUUGGACUGGAUAGACCAGGGAUUCAUCUCUGGGGCUAAUGACGGCCAGAUUGCCUUAUGGAACAUUGAAAAACCAUCCACGCCUAUCCAACUAUUCAAGUCUCAUUCGGGUGCCGUGAAUGACUUGUCGGUUGUCCCUGUCCCCCACCAAAAGCUAUUUGCCUCGGUGUCGGACGAUUCUACCACUCAAUUACAUGAUAUAAGAACAUUAGAGGCUAACCCAGUCAUCACGGUUGAGAGCAGCCACAUCCAGAACGCUAUCAAGUUCCAUCCAAACAUAGAUACGUUGUAUGCAACUGGUGGUAAGGAUAAUGUCGUUAACUUGUACGAUAUCAGAAAAUCGGACGUGCCAUUCAGAAAAUUGUAUGGACAUAACGAUAGUAUUACUAGUUUGCAAUGGGAUACCCACAACCCAUUGACUUUAAUAUCUUCCAGUAUUGACAAACGAGUCAUCUCGUGGAACUUGGGUAAGUUGAAUGAAGAGUUUGAUUUGAGUGAUGGAAGAAAAAAGAAUGUUUCACGAAUUGAUCCUUGUUUGAGGUUUAUCCAUGGUGGUCAUACCCAACGAAUCAAUGAUUUCCACGUUCAUCCCAGCGUAAAGAACUUGUUUGGUACUGUUGGCGAUGAUAAUUUGUUUGAAGUUUGGAAACCAAAGACUUUAGAAGAGGAAGAGGACGUGGAAGAACACGAGGAACACGAGGAAGAACACGAGGAAGAACAUGAGGAAGAGCACGAGGAAGAACACGAAGCGCCAGAGGCAGAGACAGAAGAGCAACCAGAAGAACAACCAGAAGCUGAAGCCGAAGCCAAAGUCGAAGCCAAGGAAGAACCACAGACAGCCGAUUCCAUGGACGUUGAACCUAAAGAGGAACCCGUGGACGAGCCAAAGGAAGAAUCUCAAGAUGUUGAAAUGAAAGAGUAGAAUUUUGUAUUAUAUAGUAUAAAUCUUUAAACC